AUGUCGGAACUCAACGCCCAACCUGAGCGUAAGCCUUUGUCCUUGAACCCCAAGGCUCUGGCUACUCGUAUUGUCAAGAAAUUUACCACCAAAGAAGGUAUCAUUGGUAGCUACAGUUAUGCUGCCCUCUUUACCCCAGACAUCCCCUUCCUCCAAAAGAAAGAUGUCUAUCAGCCUUUCUUCCCCCUCCACGGUGAAAUGCCCCUCUUGCUCGGCGCCAUCCUUGGUCUUCAGCAUUCCCUCGCCAUGCUUGCUGGUGUCAUCACUCCUCCUCUUAUUAUCUCCAACGUCGCCAACUUCGACACUGAAAUUACCCAGUACCUCGUCUCUACCUCACUCAUUGUCUCUGGCCUUCUCUCCUUUGUCCAAAUGAUCCGCAUCAAGGUCCCCUACACAAAGUACUACAUUGGCACAGGUCUGAUCUCAGUUGUUGGUACUUCUUUCGCAACCAUCACCAUUAUCACAGGCGCUAUCCCCCAAAUGUACAAAAACGGCACCUGCCCUACUGCUGCUGAUGGCACUAAACUUCCCUGCCCCGAUGGAUACGGUGGUAUUCUUGGUUCCGCCGCCAUCUGCUCCCUCCUCGAAAUCGCCAUGUCUUUCGUCCCCGCCAAAAUCCUUCAAAGCAUGUUCCCUAAGCUCGUCACCGGUCCUGUCGUCUUGCUCAUUGGCGCAAGUCUAAUCGAGGAUGGCUUCAAGAACUGGGGCGGCGGUUCCAACUGUUACGGCAAUGCUGGUACUGAUGGUUACUACUCUGUCUGCCCUAAUCUUGGAGCCCCCAAGGCUGCCGUCUGGGGAUCUUCUAAGUACAUUGGUCUGGGUUUCUCAGUCUUUGCUACAAUCGUCAUUUGUGAACGUUUCGGCGCUCCAAUCAUGAAAUCUUGCGCUGUCAUUUGCGGUCUUCUUGUCGGAUGUAUCAUUGCUGCUGCCUGCGGUUACUUCUCUCCCGAUGGUAUCAAAGUUGCUCCUGCCGCUUCUUUCAUUUGGGUCCACACUUUUAAGCUUACAUUAUAUGGUCCAGCUAUUUUACCAAUGUUGGCUGUCUAUAUGGUCUGCGCUAUGGAGGCUAUUGGUGAUAUCACUGCCACUUGCGAUGUCUCCCGUCUUCCUGUCGAGGGUGAAGAGUACGAAUCCCGUAUUCAGGGUGGUCUUCUUGCUGAUGGCUUUAACGGUUGCAUUGCCUCUCUUAUGACUAUCACUCCCGUCUCCACUUUUGCCCAAAACAACGGUGUUAUCUCCAUCACAAAGUGCGCAAACAAAAAGGUCGGCUACUGGAACUGCUUUUUCCUUGUCGUAAUGGGUAUCUUCUCCAAGUUCGCCGCUGCCCUUGUCUCCAUCCCUAAUCCUGUUCUCGGCGGUAUGACUUCUUUCCUUUUCACAUCUGUCGCAGUCUCUGGUCUUGCCAUUAUCGCUUCCCUUAACCCUAUCACUCGCCGCGACAGAUUCAUUCUUACCUGCUCGCUCCUCUUUGGCUUUGGUGCCACUCUUGUCCCUGAUUGGUUCUCUUACUUCUUCACUUACGAGGGUGACAACCACGGUCUUAAGGGUUUCCUCGAUGCCAUUGUUCUUGUUUUGGAAACUGGCUUUGCCGUUGCUGGUUUCCUUGGUCUUCUCAUGAACCUUAUUAUUCCUGGUGAAAAGGGUGACGGUGAUACCAUUACAGGUGAGAGCACUGAGUUGGAAGUCUCUUCGACAGAGAACUACCCCAUCAAGAAUGAGGUCGAGCCUAACUCUAAGGAGUUUGAGUAA